AUGAGUCAGCAACAUAGCAAAAAUGCCGAAGUUCAUGGGUCGAGGUUUCGGCCUUCGAAUCCGAAUCUACCAAAAAUCGACAAACUGAGACAAGUGCAGUUCAACGAGGUUCCCAGGUAUCAAAACACUUAUCGGCUCAGCUCGUUUAACCCUUUCGAUGUCGAAGUGGUCGAUAAACUGGUGAUGGAGACGAUGGAGAGUAAAUUAUCGCCGGUGACGGCAUAUCAUCCAAAUCACAUGGCGAAAUUGUGCUUGGAGAUUGGAUCGGAUUUGCAAAACGCACUCUGCAAAAAGGAUUACGAUAGGUAUAAAUUAGUGACGCAGGUGACUAUAGUGCAACGUCUCGAUCAAAGCGUACACGCGGCGUUUCAAAGCCUCUGGGACGCGGAGCGAGACAAUUACUCCUAUUAUGUUUUCGAAAACAACCACAUUUACGCAUGGUGUUGCGUGUUCGGCCUGUAUUACGAGUGAAAUUCAUCGUCCCGGUUAAAUCUCGUUCUGUUACGCGUGGACGCGCGCUCGCGAUAUUCCCGAUAUUCGUUGCAAUUCCAAACUAAUGCUCGCUGCUUCCUUUUUUUCUUUUUUUUUU